AGAAGGGACAUCAUCUCUUUCGACCUCGACUCGCAACUCAUCACCACAGCAAUAAGCACCACAAUACCUCAUAUAUCUCUUCCUCCAGAGCCUUCUUAUCCUCACCCGAUCGCCUUCUCAAACAUGCUCAACGUCGUUAUCAUCGGAGCCUCGACCGCCGGUCACAUCAUCGCCUCCCAACUCGCACCCAAGCUUCCUGCCAGCCACCGUAUCGUGAUCAUCGACCCGGCCCCAACCUCUUACUGGCCCAUCGCCAGUCUUCGAGCCGCCGUUGUUCCCGGCUUCGAAUCCAAGGUCUACCAUAAGCUCGAGCAGAAGAACUUUUUCCCGGCCAACAGCAAGAACGUCUUGGUGCGACAAAGGGUGGUCAGCGUCGAGCCCGCUUCGAUCGUCCUCGAUGGCGAGUUUGAGGGUUCCAGCCAGGUUCCUUUCGAUGCCCUUGUGUUCGCGACUGGUGCCUCCCAGCCUUUCCCUAUGCGACCCAAGCAGGAGUGGUCUGCCGAGGAGAUCGAGCGACACUUCAAGGUCAUGCAGCAAGAGAUCGCCGCGUCCAAGAACAUCAUCGUCAUGGGUGGCGGUCCUACCGGUAUCGAGUUUGUUGGAGAAAUCCUGGGCAAAUUCACCGGCGCUGAAGCCAAGAAUAUCACCCUCAUCCACCGACCUCAACAACUGAUCGAUGCUCGUGCUUACAAGAAACUCGCUACGACGCUCGAACAGAAACUCCGAAAGGCCGGGGUCAACCUCGUUCUCGGUGACGAGCACGUUGCCGGACCCGAGUUCAAGGUCGGCAAGCAGGAUGCCGGGGCAGUCGUCAGGACCAAGCAGGGCAAAGAAAUCCCGGCCGAUUAUGUCUUUGUCGCUGUGGGGAACUCGCCGAACACUCAGCUGCUGGAGCAGGUCGACCCCUCGGCCGUGUCCGCCAACAAGUUGAUCAAGGUCAACGAUCAUUUGCAGGUCAAAUCCACCUUUUUCACCAACCCUAACGUUUUCGCCGCCGGAGACUGUGCCGACGCACCCGGUUGGAGGUCAUUCGUCUCGAGCGAGACCGAGGCCGGAACGGUCACUACCAAUCUGUUGGCCGCGAUCAAGAAGAGCUCGUUGAAGGUUCACAAGGCGGGGCCGCGGGCGAUGGUCGUUCCUCUCGGCACGACUGACGGGGCCGGGUUCGCCCAACUUCCUCUUUUGGGGGACUCGAUGCUCCCAGAAUUCCUUAUCCCCACGGUCAAGGGAAAAGACCUCUUCACGGCCAAGUUCCACGGCCGGUUCUUGGCCUAGAGCGAUUCGAUCAGUACGGGCCUUUCUCUGCGUUGUAUAUUUAUCCUUUAGAUUUCGUUCUUUGCAUGUCUAGUUUCUAGACUUCUUGAAUAUAAUAAUAUCAUUCACACGAUGGG